AUGCGGUGGCUUCUCUCCUUUUCGAUCAUUUCCUGCGCGACGAUCAGAAGCACAUCGAGCAGAGGUCUUUCGAAGGUUCGUCGCUUUUAGUUGAGCCCUCUAGAUGAUAGUUUUCAGCAAAUCGACGACAAGUUCCACAAUCGAUAUUCGGAUCUGGUGGUGGAAGAGAAAGUGCCGUGCGAAAUGCCGGCCAUCACCGACAAACUGCCGACGAGGAUCAGGUCAAAGUUCGUGUUUCAAUAGUUUUCUCAAAAAGUUGUCAACAGCAACGUUGUUGCAAAUUGUAUGAUGUUCCGUUUCAGACUUGCCAAAUCCCGGGCCGGGCCAGCAAAUCGUCGGCCCGGCCCGGCCCGGUCGGCCCGGAAGUUAGACCUCAAAAAAAAUAUGCAAAAAAAAUAUGAAGGAAGAGGAAAACGCGUGCGGCAAAAUUGCUAAAAUGGCGUGCCAGAGUUGCAAUCAAUCGCUCCGCCCACUCUUGAGAAAAUUUUGUGAAAAUUUUGCGACUUUAAACAGCAAUUUUUUUCGGCCCGUUGCAAGUCUGUUCCGUUUCAAGUCAACGCUAAUUUCAAACUGACAACGAGUGAUUCAGAAUCGAACUAAUCUGGCAAAACGUGGAAAAGAACGGCAACUGCUGGAUCGAAAUGGCGCGAACACGGAACGUUCUGCUCCGUCUGACGCCCGCCGAAAAGUCGCUUUUGCUGAGAAAAGAGGGAAAAGAGUGCCGCGUUCCGUCGGUUGUCGACGCGCUUCCGCACAAAAUCCAGAAAAAGCUCACGGAUAUCUGGACGAAGAGUGUGGAUAGUGUGAAGAGGGACAAGGAUUGUUGGGAGCAGCAGAGGAAGACCAGGUACCUUUCAACGUUUUAUGUUUCGGUACUCUUUGAAACGGUCUUCUCUCGGCGCCCAGUGAACCGACACGACGAUUUGCAGAAUGCUCCUGCUCAACCUGCCGAUGCGCAACAAAUUCCACCCGCCCGCGUUCGACUGCGCUCUUCCGCACUUUUUCAAUCGGCUCGAGUCGAGUCUACAGGUAAAAACGGUUUUAUCAAGUUGCCUCGCGUCGUUCUUCGUCGUUGUUGACCAUAAAUCAAGUGCCGAACGAAAUGGGGCACUUCACAUUCGUCUCGUUACCGUUUCAAAAGUGUCAUUUGCCCGCGAACGAAAUGACCUCCAAUUACAUCGUUCUCUCGCAAACUUCUAGACGGGGUCAUGGAAGUUUCGGAUGCCCCCGGGGAGGCAUCACGCCCUCACUUUUUGUCGCGAAAUCACGAAAAAUGAGCAAAAUUGACUAAACAAGAAGCGAACGCGGCGCCGCGUUUUCGCUGGAAAAUGCCGUGAGUUUGAAAUUUAUUGGGACCGAUCAAGAAUCGCUCCGAUUUCUGAUCCUUCACCCCUUUUUUUCGCCCAUCAACACGGUUUUUCACGACUCGACGUGACACAUUCUCGUUCGGUUAGAUGGCAAAUUGUGAUAGUGCACAUUUUUCACGCGGAAUUUCCGCAGAUAAUAUCGAGAAAAAUGGAACUUUGUUCCGAGAAACGCAACGAAAUCUGAUUGCACUCAUUUGCAGGAAAAAUUGAACGAAAUUUGGAGCGGAUACAAGCCGGGAAGCGCUUGUGUGGAGGUACGCCGAAAAUUAUCGAUUUUUUGGAGGGCAAACUUGUGAUUUUCAGCAAAUUGAUCGGCAAAUUCAACUGCUCGAAUCGAACGAUAUCUCUUUGAAAUCGUUUCAAGUGAGUUUUUGAGAGAGAGAAAUUCACAAACUUCUAUUCAAAAAUGCCAGAUGCCACCGCCGUCAAUGUUCCGGAAGCGGGAAACUCGUCGAAAAUUGCGGCGCCGUGCAAAUGUCGCCUGA